AUGAAAGACCAAAUUGAGCAGAAACUUAAAUCAUUGGACCCACUUCAUAUCGAAAUAGUUGACUUUUCAGAUGGAUGCGGCCUAAAAUUUGAUGUAAAAGUCGUCUCACAAGAAUUCGAGGGUAAAUCACUUGUUGACAGACACAGACUGUUGGAAGAGGAAAUGAAAUCAGUACAUGCCCUUACUCUAAAAACGCUAGCUCCUUCACAAUGGUCGCUUAAACCCUCCUAA